UUUUAAUUUACUAGAAAUAUUUUUAAUUUACAAUUUAGCCAAAUAAAAACCGAAAUUUUCAGUUCCCUAACCCCUAAUUCCCACUUGCAGAAAAUUACACAAACCCAUGGGGGAUGAGACAAAAAACAGUUUGAUUUUUCAGCAAAAAUCUCAGCUACCUUUCUUCAACUUCACACACACGCAUUUGAGGUACGGAUAAAAAGAAAAAAGAACAUUACACAACACAACCCGCUCGCGUCAAAACGACGUCGUCCGAUAUGCUGAAUUUCACCCGACUUUAGCUGAACGUGAAGGAAAAAUGGAAAUUAAGGCCGCCGGCGAUUCUCUUAACCAUCCCGAGGCCCCGAAACCCUAACCCUAAUUCCCAAACAUGUCUUCAUACCCUGAAAAACCCCCAGCCUUAAACCCGAGAAAGACGAAGAAAGAGCGGCGCCGGAGCUGGUCUGAACCCGUUUUCAGCGGCGGCGCCGACCCGAGCGAGACGUUGAAGCGUGUCGUGCUCAAAAUGCGCCACCAUUCAAUUUCCAACUCCGGGUCAACCACCCCUUACUCGGAGUCCGAACCCGACUCCGACUCGUCCAGCCAUAACCCGCUCCCCGCCGCCUCGGAUUACAUCUCCUUGUUGUCCGAUGAAUUGCUGUUGAGAGUGUUUGGGAAAAUAUCGGACACGAAGCAGCACGUUUCCAAUUCCUUGGUUUGCAAGAGAUGGUGUUUUCUCUGCGGAAAGUUGGUCCGAUCGGUGAAGUUGUUCGACUGGGAGUUUUUGGAGUCGGGAAGGUUGACUUUCCGGUUCCCGAAUCUGGUCGACAUUGAUAUCGCGCCGGCCUGUAUCAAAUCCGAGAGGAAUUCAGGGAUUUUGCUGAGCAAUAAGUUAUUGGGGGUUUACUUGAAUUCCUCCGUGCUGGAUACCGAUGGGUUUUUCAUCUGUAAACGGGACAUUUUGGAUUGCUCGGCUGUCGAUAGAGGGUUGAGGAUAUUGUCCAUGGGGGUUCGAAAUUUGAGACGGGCAAUCUUGAUGAACUCCACAGCAGAAGGUCUGAGUUGUUUGGCCGAGGAGUGUGAGUUGUUGCAGGACUUGGAAUUGCAUUACUGUGGUGAUUUUGCUCUGAAAGGGAUUCAUAAGUGCCACAAUUUGCAGAUCCUGAAAUUGAUCGGGAGAUUAAACGGGGUUUACGAUUCAACAGUUACGGAUAUUGGGUUGACAAUCUUGGCUCAGGGGUGUAAGCGAUUAGUAAAGCUCGAAUUGGUGGGUUGUGAGGGGAGUUAUGAUGGGAUUAAAGCGAUUGGGAUGUGUUGCCCGAUGCUUGAGGAGCUGACACUUGGCGAUCACAGAUUGGAGGGUGGUUGGUUGUCGGCCCUUUCGUAUUGUGGGAAUUUGAAAACUUUAAGAAUACAGUCGUGCAGGUGUAUUGACGAGAGCCCGGGACCGGAUGAGCAUAUAGGGUUUUGCCUGAUGCUCGAGGAGUUGCAUUUGAGUCGGUGUCAAAUGCGGGACAAAAGGGGCAUUUGGGCGUUGUUUUUGGCUUGCCGGAUUAUUCGGGAGCUGGUUAUCGAGGACUGUUGGGGUCUGGAUGAUAGUGUAUUUUCCUCUGCAACCAUUUUUAGGAGUAUAAAGUCUCUUUCGCUCGAAGGAUGCUCGUUGCUAACAACAGAAGGAUUAGAAUUAGUAGUUCUUUCUUGGAAGGAUCUCCAUCGACUUAAAGUUAUUUCGUGUAAUAAUGUUAGGGACAGUGAAAUAACACCUGAAAUGGCCCUCUUAUUUUCCAAUCUCAAAGAACUGAAAUGGAGGCCCGAUGCCAAGUCCAUUCUCACAGCGGGCCUCAUGGAUACAGGAAUCGGGCUGAAAGGCGGUCGGUCUUUGAGAAGAAAAUGAUUUUUGAAAGGUUUUCAUCAAAUUUUGUAACUCCAUAACUGGGGAAUAAGUUUUAUCUAUCUACUAUAUAAUUAGGCAACACAUUUGCCAUUUUUAGAAAGUUUUAUGUGGGUCCUACCAUACACUUACUAUUUUUGGAAAAUUCUCACAUUCUUUUACAAGUGUUAUUAACACACGGUUAGUAAGUUUUGUUACACGUUAAAAUACACCCCAAAAAUAUAUAAUUAUAUAUAUAUAUGCAAUAUAUAUGCAUAUAUGUAAUAAUUAUAUAUAUAUAUAUAUAUAUGCAAUAUGCAAUAUAUGUAAUAAAUAUUAAAUCACAUAAUAUAAAUAAAGAGUAUUUCGUAAAUACCUUUUGUAUUUAUUGGUAAUAU